AUGCUUUCUCUGUCGCUCGGCUGGUUGCUGCUCGGUAGUUUCGUCCUCUACAGGUUUGCCCUGUACAUCCAGACUGCGCUCGCCCGCCGUCGUGCUGCAAAGGAGCAUGGCUGCAAGGCAGCGCCAGCAUAUCCCGAUUUCGAACCCAUCUUCGGCCUGGGGCUCUUUUUCGAGGCCAUCAAGAGCAACAAGCACGACACUUUCCUCGAGGACGUCCGGAAGCGCUACCUCAAGUACGGCAACACUUUCACCAGCAAGCUCACCGGCCUGCCGAUUGCAGUAAUAACGACCUGUGAACCGGAGAACGUCAAGACAGUGCUGGCCGUAAAGUUCAACGACUACCAACUGCCGCCACGCCGCAAAGCCGGCUUCCGCGAGCUCUUCGGCAACGGAGUCUUCACCAACGAUGGCAGCGACUGGGAACACUCCAGGGCGAUGCUGCGUCCCAACUUCUCGCGCUCCCAGAUCGCAGACCUGAAUAUGUUCGAGCGUCACGUCCGCGAGCUUAUCGAGCUGAUCCCCACCGACGGCUCGACGGUCGACCUGCAGAAGCUCUUCUUUGGUAUGACACUCGACUCUGCUACCGAAUUCCUCUUCGGAGAGUCCGCCAGCACUCUGUCCGGCCACCGCAGCACCGCCCCCAAAGGCGACAUCUUCGGCCAAUCGUUCGACUACUGCACAGGCUACAUUGGGAAGCGUUUCAGGUUUGGGCUGCCGUCCAGCUGGGGGAACAAGCAGUACAGGCAGGGAGUCAAGGAUGUACAUGCCUUUGCGGACCAUUAUGUCAGGAAAGGAAUCGAACGGUACAACUCGCGGGAGAAGAUUGGAGACGUAGCCGAUGAGUCUGGCCGAUAUGUCUUUUUGGACGAGCUGGUCAAGGAGACACAGGAUCCGCUGGUGCUGAGGUCGGAACUUAUGAACAUCCUGCUUGCCGGCCGUGAUACCACUGCCAGUCUGCUCAGUGUGCUAUGGAACACCCUAUCGAAACGCCAGGAUGUCUGGGAGAAACUCCAGGCUGAGGUUCAGACACUCGACGGCCGCGCUCCCUCUUUUGAAGAGAUCAAGAACAUGAAGUAUCUCCGCUAUACCUUGAAUGAGGGUGCGUUCUUCACUCCCCUCCCUUUCCCCCUUCCCCCCAUCAGCUAUUGGAUCACCCUAACAAAUGAUGUAGUUCUUCGACUAUACCCCGUUGUGCCAGGCAACUCCCGCAGUGCCAUCCGGGACACCAUUCUCCCUCGCGGCGGUGGCCCAGACGGCCAAUCUCCCGUCUUCGUACCCAAGGGAACGUCGGUCAUAUAUAGUGCAUACUCCAUGCAUCGUCGUACCGACAUCUACGGCCCGGAUGCUCUCGAGUUCAAGCCUGAGCGAUGGGAGACCAUCCGUCCUGGCUGGGGCUAUCUGCCGUUCAAUGGUGGUCCCAGAAUCUGCCUCGGCCGUAUGUCUCUUUUCUAUUCCCUACCAUUUCUCCGCUCGCAUACUAAUAAUGGCUAUGUCUUAGAACAAUUUGCUCUUACCGAAGCUUCCUACACUACAGUCAGAAUCAUGCAGACCUUCAAGAACAUCGAGUCAAGAGACCCACAUCCAUGGACCGAGCUGCUUACCGUCACUUGUUCUAGCAAAUAUGGUGCUAAGGUGGCCUUGAGCUGA